AUGAGCGAUAUUAAUGAAGCGAAGCUGUUAAUCGAAGAAUUGACGCAAUUGUUGAGAGCAGGAGGGUUCGAGUUACAUAAGUGGCGAUCAAAUCGUAUGGAAGUAUUGACCGGAGGAAACGAGCUUAGCAAUUUAACCGAUGUUCAGGCUAUUACGGACGAGCGAGAUACCGUAAAAACGUUGGAUCUUCUAUGGCAACCGAGUAGCGACGAUUUGCAAUGCCCGCAGACUUUACUUGCUUCAAUCUGGGAAAGAUUCUGGCCUUUAAACGGUCGCAAUCUUGCGCGUAAAAUUGUCAGGGAAUGCACGGUUUGCUUUAAAGUCAAUCUAAAAGUAUCGAAUCAGAUCAUGGGAUCAUUGCCUCCAGAGAGAAUAACUUGUCAACGAACGUUUUCGGUGGUUGGAGUGGAUUAUGCCGGCCCGAUUAACACUUUAGCGACGACUAGCGAACUGACAACGGACGCAUUUUUGGCCACGCUUCGUCGUUUUGUAAGCAGACGUGGUUAUCCGCAAAAAAUUUAUAGCGACAACGCCACAAAUUUCGUGGGCGCAAAACGAGAGCUUGAAGAGUUGUACACUGCGAUUAAGACGACAUUUAGCAAUGCGAUAGAUGAUUAUUGUACCGAUCGACAUAUUCAAUGGAGUUUUAUUCCUCCCCAUGCGCCUUAUAUGGGUGAAAUAUGGGAAGCGGGGAUAAAAUCAUGUAAAUAUCAUUUGAAGAGAGUCAUGGGCGAAGCGCGACUCACGUUUGAGAAGUUUAGUACCGUGUUAGAACAGAUCGAGGCAUGCCUGAACUCGAGAUCUUUAUGUUCAUUAUCAUCCGAUCCUAGCGAUUUACAAGCCUUAACGCCGGCACAUUUUUUAAUAGGCGAACCAUUGACUAGCUUGCCCGAUAUCGACGUUACGGGGACUUCAAUUAAUAGAUUGGAUAGAUGA